AUGGUCUGGAAAGCAUAAUGUAAUGUGCUAAUGUUAGACUAUGGCCUUAAUGAAAGUUAUUAAUUGUCCUAAAGAAAAUAUAGCUUUAUACUGUAUACUGGGCAGGGCUCAACUAGUGGGGUGAAAGGUGGUAAAUACUCUAUAGUGCUCCAAAGGUCCAGGGAGGCCCCAAAAAAUGUGGCCGAAUGUCUUGGUUGGGGUCCUUGGGUCUGUGAAGGGUUGAAACUGCCACCCUUACAUUAAUGUGAAGAAAAAAAAUCAUAGAAAUAUCUCAUAUGGUGGAUAAACCCAGUGGUUAAUCCAGCAGUGAUUAUAUAAACCACAACCACACAGUCACAUGCAGUUGGGACAGCUCUACAGAGUUUGGAUGAGCUGUGUUCACAGUGAAUCUAUUUUAUUAGAAUAAAAAUAGAAUAACCAAUAGAAUAAAACGAUGAUAGUGCUGAUAGAUCUGGUGUUAAUGCUUAUUGACCUGACAUACUCCAUAAUGUGUGCGGUGAUUCGCACUAUCUUUCGUCCGCGUCUAAAGUCAGUGGAUGGGGAGCUGUGUCUGAUCACGGGCGCGGGUGGAGGGCUCGGCCGGCUCUUCGCGCUGGAGUUCGCCAGAGAGGGGGCAGAACUCGUGCUUUGGGACUGCAACACCGAGGCCAACGAGCACACAGCCAGACUGGUGAGGGAACUUGGCUGCAAAGUGUACACGUACACCGUAGACAUAUCCAAGCGCGAGAGCAUCUAUCAAACCGCUGACCGCGUGCGGCAAGAGGUGGGCGACGUCAGCAUGUUGGUUAACAACGCGGGGGUCGUUGCGGGGCGACGGCUGCUGGAAUGCCCCGAUGAACUGCUGGAGAGGACGCUGCUGGUGAACUGCCAUGCCUUGUUCUGGAUGACUAAAGCCUUUCUGCCUCAAAUGAAAGCUAGGAAUCAUGGACAUAUUGUUACAAUUGCAAGCACUCUUGGUCUGUUCAGUACUGCUUGUGUAGAGGAUUAUUGUGCAAGUAAAUUUGGAGCAGUAGGCUUCCAUGAAUCUCUAACCCAUAGUUUGUUGACAGAGGAUGGUGUGGAUGGGGUGAAAACCACCCUGAUUUGCCCAUACAUCAUCAACACUGGCAUGUUUGCUGGAUGCCAAAUCAGGGAGGAACUCAAAGGUCUGAUUCCACCUCUGGAUCCUCUAUACUGUGUACAACAAUCAAUGAAGGCCAUUCUGGCUGACCAGCAAAUGAUCUGUAUCCCUCGCGUAAUGUAUUUCGCAUUUCUCUCGCGAGCGUUGCUCCCCUGGGAUGCUAAUGUUGCAUCAUAUCGUUUUAUGGGUGGAGACAAGUGUAUGUAUUCUUUCAUAAAGACCAAAGAGCAACAGCAGCAGCAGGUUGCUAACGGUCAUGUGAAAUCCUCUUAGCCAUCCAAUAAUACUUCACCAAGAGUACAUAAACAGCAAGUUGCCUACUACCUGUAAAAUAACUAUGGGGACCAAUUUUGAUCAUGAAGAGAGUCUGUUUUUCUGUACAUGCAACUUUCUGUACUGUGACAUUUGUAUUUGUUACACAGAAUAAAUCUGUACAUAAUAAAACAUUGUAACAGUAACACAUAACAGUGCUAAAUGUCAAAUGUUAGAAUUUAUUAGUGCAAGUAAAAUUUUUGUUA